AAACAAGAUCUCAAGAGAAACCGAGGGCAGCGGGUGUUGGGUGAGGAAGUGUCGCGGUGCAGUCCGGGGGGCCAAGCUGGGAUCGGACAGUGAAUCUCCGUGGUGCUGCUGCUGCUGUGUUAGAGUUGCACAAGCUACAGCGUGACCCCUGACACUGAACAAUGGGGAGACCCAGGAAAAACCCUGACAGCACAGCCUCACCUCGUCAAGCUGCAACUGUGCCCAAAGCCACCCCAGCAGCACCCCGUUCCUCUGCCUCCUCUACCCAGGGCAAGACAACACCCACAGCCAGCCGACCUACGAGCGCUCAGGUUGCUGGGAGUUCAGGCACCAGCAGGGCACAGACAGACAAGCCAACCAGCAGCACCACUGCCAGAAGAGCCGGGCAAAGCUCUUCCCAAUCAAGGGUCACUGCAGCACAUGGCAGUGAUCAAGGAGACACCAAGAUAAGCUACAGAGUGACAGCGAAGAACCCCACAGUAACUAGUGGAGGGAAACCUUGCUCCACAACACCUAAAGUACCUGCUGGUGCCGACCCCUGCCUGGGAGGGAGUCAAUCCAGCCGCUCUCGGGCCAAUACCACUGACCAGGGCAAAGCAAGCAAAUUUCCCUCCCUGCUGACAAGAGAAGAUGUGGUGAAAGUGGAGAGGGAAACCUGGGGCCAGAGGGACAAUCCCAAGUGGUAUGAGUGGCGGAAAAACCGCAUCACAGCCUCAGUUGCACCUAGGAUCGCUAACAGCAAGUUUGUCAAUGGCAGGAGCUCAGAGGUGCCCCAGUCUUAUCUCAAGGCUGUGGUGAGCUCCGGGUCCAAAAUGCAGACACCAGCCAUGUCCUGGGGCACCCGAAACGAGAAAAAGGCAGUGCAGGCAUAUGAGGAGCUCCAGUCCAGGAGGACAGGUAAGCCUGUGAAGGUGGAGGAGUGUGGCCUCUUCAUUCACCCAGGGAAGGAGUGGCUCGCAGCCAGCCCAGAUGGAAUUGUCAGAGAAGCAGAUACAGGGAAGCUACUGGGGCUACUGGAGGUCAAGUGUCCCUAUAAGCACAGAGACAAGACCGUGAAAGAGGCCUGUAAGGACACAGCCUUCUGCCUGGAAGUGGAUGGUGAGUCCUACUCCUUGAAGAGAAACCAUCCCUACUACACUCAGGUGCAGUGCCAGCUGGCAACAACGGGCUUCGACAGGGCUGACUUUGUGGUUUACACCAACAAAGAUACAGUCAUCGCCUCAGUGGACUUUGAUGCAGGGUUCUGGGAGAGAACUGAGCCCAAGCUGGAGAAGUUCUACAUGGAGGCUGUGAUUCCCCAUCUGGAGGAGAAGAGAGGCAACUCAGUUUGGGCUAAGGAAGAAUAAUGUAAUUGGGACAUCUGGCCACUACCCCACCAGGGUGCUUCUGUCUUCACCAGAUGCCAUGAUAGAUUAAUGGACUAUUUCUGAUUCUGCCACAGCAGAACUAUGGGAUCUGGAAUAUGAUACCUGCUGAGUCCUGGUCUAUGUUUUAAAAAUUAGAGCUAACUAGUUACAUUUGUUCCCUAAAUGCUUUAGUUAUGUCUACCUAAUCUCCAGUGUAGACAUGGCUAGGUCUUCUAAUGAACUAGUUCCUACACUGAGCAGUAACUAUCUCCAGUACAGCUGCAGCACUGCUGCGGUAGUGGCUGUAAUGUAGAUAUUGCUUGAGCCUGGACUCUUCUUUCCUAUUUAGAUUGUAAGCACCAUGGGGCAAGGAUUGUAUCUGCCUGUCUCUCCUACAGGAGUGGAAACACAGGGAAUGAUUUAAUGUUUCUGUCCCAAACCUUGGCAUUUAGUGCUCUGGGAUUGAACUGAUUGCCUGUCUGUGUAGACAACUUUACCUCACCUACCUUCUUCUCUAAACCCUGAACUAGACCAUUUCACAGGCAGACCAACUUAUUUCCCCAGAGAUGGCAUACUUUUGCAGCAGCUGCCAGGCACUGGAAUAAGAAGCUCAAAAGAGGGCAGCUGUUGAGAGAAAGGUGAUCUCACCCAUCUUGUGUCUCACAUAUCCUGAGGCCAACACAGUUACAACAAAACUGCAUAGUUCAAGGUUGUCUGGGGAGAGGGCUGGAUUCCAUUUAAUGGUCUGGGGUGUAAGUUCAGGACUAAACUUGAAUUUUAGUCCACCAAGGAAUCCUUGCUGCUGUCAAGGGCAGGUUUGCCAAAGAUCAAACACAAGGUAUGGACUUUAAGGGGUAACUGAACUUAUAAUUAUGGGCUGUAUUGUCAAUUCAGCAUCACACAAAGGGAUAAUGUGUUCUGCUUUAGAUGGACUGCUGUUUCUUCUCUUGCCAUCUUCCCUCAAAACCUCUUUCCCAGUCUGUUAAAAUGAUCAGCAAUUAACUCGUUAACUGCUUACAUUUAAAGUGUUAGUAGGAUUUGGAGUCCACCCCUCGCCCCAUGAUAAUGUGAACCAUGAGCACAGGCAUGUACCUGGUGUGGUUCACCCCUGUCCCUGCUGCCUGUCCGUUUUGCAGCAUGAGGGAGACCCCGGCUUGUGUGCACCAGGUUGCAGCCCCUUUUCUGGCUCCUCCUGGACCCACUUUUGCAUUUUCUCCCCACACCUUCUCAUAUACGCACACCCCAUCCGUGGCCCCACAAAGUCGUGGGACCUCCUAGCGAUGGCCAAAGUGGCCAUCUAUAUCUCCAGGGAGAGGAUGUUGGCUGAGGGGGUUCUCUGCGACUGUGGAGCCUAUUUCUGUUCCAUUCUCUGAGGGGUCUUCAGCCAUGGAUGGGCUUAUGCCCACCCACUUCCCCCGAACCCAAUAGGACCCCAUGAGAAUUUGGGGGAAGGGCUUACAUGUCAGAGCUACUAUUUCAGGCUGUCUGCAGAUGCAGGAAGACAACACUGCAUCCAUCAAUUAACUCAGGGGUCAGCAGCCUUUCAGAAGUGAUGUGCCAAGUCUUCAUUUAUUCCCUCUAAUUUAAGGUUUCGCGUGCCAGUCAUACAUUUUAAUGUUUUUAGAAGGUCUCUUUCUAUAAGUCUAU